CUACGCAUGCGCGACAGCACACGUACACGUGCUGUGAGCUUGAGGAUGGCGGAGCGAGGAGAGUCCUCUGACGAGGAGCCGACCAUCGCCGAGGACGUGGUCGUCACAAAAUACAAGAUGGCCGGAGACAUGGCCAACCGAGUGCUGAAGUCAGUGUUGGAGGCAGCAGUAGAAGGUGCUAGUGUCCUCAAUCUAUGUGAGAUGGGAGAUAGUCUCAUUCUGGAGGAGACUGGGAAGGUCUACAAGAAAGAGAAAGAUAUGAAGAAAGGUAUAGCGUUCCCCACCUGUGUGUCUAUCAACAACUGCGUGUGUCACUUCAGCCCCCUCAAGUCUGACCCUCCAGUCUGCCUCACUGCCGGAGACCUCUUCAAGAUAGAGAUGGGGGUACAUGUGGACGGCUUCAUUGCAGUGGUUGGACACACUGCUGUUGUAGGAGCCACAAAGGAGUCUCCCGUGACUGACAGGAAGGCAGAUGUGAUAAAGGCGGCCUACCUGGCCUCUGAGAUUGCCCAUCGGAUGGUCGUGCCUGGAGGAGAGGUUAUCUUAUGGACUAUUUUGUAAAAAAAGAUAGAGAAGAGGAGAACCACAGGAAGAGAAAACAAAGACAAAGAAGAAGAAGAAGAGAAGAACUGGAGAGGUGCUUGAGGGAUGGUGAGAUGGAGAGGGCGAGGGUAAUUGCAAAACAAAUGCAAGAUUGGGAGUUGGUGGGUCUUGAAGAAGCCCUGAGAACGAUGCAAAUCACAGGUGCUACUCCAACUCCCAACCCCCCCUCUCCAUCCCCUCCCCCCAAAGAGGGAGAAUCAUCUAGUGGGUAUGGUGUGUGUGUGUGGCAUUUACUUCAACCCAAAUGAUAAUUGGCGAGCGGGAGCGAGCCAACCUAGUCGUCGCAACGGGCCGAUUUCUCUAUUUAUUUAUUUAUUUAUAUACGACCGACCGUGGUACGUCGUGUAAGUGCGCAUGCGCGACUUCAUUUCACAACUAACUGUGGCAACCAUGGAUCGUCAGUCUACAGAGGAUGCCCUUCGUCGUCGAAGAGAGAGGGAAAGACAACGUCGUGCCCGUGAGACUCCUGAGCAGAGAGAGGCUCGGCUUUCUCAACAAACAGAACGUCGCGCCCGUGAGACUCCUGAGCAGAGAGAGGCUCGGCUUUCUCAACGCCGACUGCGUGAGACUCCGGAGCAGAGAGAGGCUCGGCUUUCUCAACGCCGACUGCGUGAUAGGGAACGGCCAAGGGAACGCCUCGCCGCCGAAACAGCGGAAGAAAGGGAAGCACGACUAGCGAGACGUCGUGUACAAGAUAGAGCUAUAUAGACGCGCUGCAGAAUCAGGGGAAACGGAACAGGCCAGGCUCACUCAGCUCCGAAACUACCAGGCAAGACGAAUUGCUGCCGAGUUCAGCGGGGAGAGAGAGGCCCGCCUGCAACAGGUACUUACGACGCAGGAAUCAAGAACAGAGAAUUGCUGCUGAGGCCAGCGGGGAGAGAGAGGCCCGCCUACAGCUGGUACGACUUAACAAACAACAACGGAUUGCCUCAGAGACUCCACAAGAGACUGAAGUUAAGACGUCAGCGUGACCGUCAAAGUCACAUGCAGCAGGCAAGUAUACUGCCACUUCAACCUCAACUUCACCAGCCAAUUCGUCCAAUCAAACUUUGAACUACUUUCAACACCUGUAUACACAUUUCUUGGUUGGAUCGCUCCCGCUCGCC